AUGCGCGAAAAUGUUGCUAAUUUCACUGUUUCAGAUGACGCCAGCAGUCUUUCUUCGCUGCUCAGCCUGGAGUCAGCCGGUCUGGAGCACAGCCUCCUGCAAGAGUGUAUCUCGUCUGCGAUGCCCGCGCCUCGCCCUCCCCUUAGGUCUGGCCAAUGUCUGCAGGCCGCCGCCUCUGACCCCGUCAAGCGGAUCAGCGGUGCCACGGACUCUGGCUCCACAGAUCCGCUGCCGCCGAGCCCGGCAGCACCAGCCGGCAAGGCAACCGAGGCAGAAGAGCCUCCGGCUUGGCGGAGAGAUGAAGGGGUCGAGGAGGCCGUUGCGAAUGACCUGUUCAGCCAGACGCUGUCUGACGCCGCCGAGGGCAAGAAAGUCGCGGCGCCGGUUCAAGUCGCUUGCCAACCGUUGCCUAGCAGCCUCAGGCCAGGGGCGCCCUGCUCAGAGAGGCUGAUUUCGCCGCACUCUUCGACGGCGCUGACGAUGAAGGCGUCUCUAACUGCCGGUCUCCAGCAGAAGCCCAGCCUCCUGCCCCACUUUGCGCUGCCCAACCUUCCGUCUGGCCAGUCUUCAGGUCAGGCUUCACGUUGCCUUGACACUGAGGCCAGGCCGUGCCUCUUCCAGUCCUCGUCCGCCCGCCCGGACCCCUCAGACCCGCCGGUGUCCGGUACCGUUCGUCCAGCCGACGUCGGUCCGGUCAAGCGCUUGAGUGCAAUCUGUAGACCAGUGAAUUUUUUCGGGCGUGGCUCCGACGCUACUACAUCACGACCACCAACAACUUCAGCCACAACCACAACCACAACCACCGCAAAUCCGAUGUGGACUCUCUCGCCUCCAGGACUGAGAUGCUCAGCGCCACCGGUUGCGGCCCCGUCUGUGAAGGCAUCAGUCGAGGCUGUCAGUGCGACUGUGUCAGCCGCUAUGCCGGCUGUAGGCCCGGUCGGUCAGGUUGGCCCAGCCGCCCAACUGUCAGUCUCUCGGCCCUUCUCAGGCGCUCAGUCAGUGAGCAGCCCAACCUCGGCUCUCGGUCCUUCACCGGAACGCCAGGGAAGCAAGCUAAUGGCGCCCGCAGCGACGCCAUCAGCCCACGGCCCUCAAGGCAAGUGA